ACCUGUUUCGCCUCCGUUCCAGUGCGCUCUCUCUGACCAACUCCUCGUUCCUAUCCACAGCAAAGCAAUCUCCCUCUUCUUCAACACCCGCUCUUCUCGCCUUCGUUCACUCAGGUACGACGCAGGAACAAGCUCGUUUGGAAGCGAAUCAGUUCGUGGGUUCCGCCGAACUGCUUUUGAUUCGCGAAGAUUUGAUUUGGCGGGGGUGAAUUGUACACAGAGAGAGAGAGAGAGAGAGAGAGAGAGAGAGAGAGAAGAAUGGAGUCGUCGUCCAUGGUGGAAAGAGCGCUCAAGUCCAGCUUCCGCAGCAAGGUGGAGGAGGGCCAACACGCGGCGGUCGAGGACUGCCUGCUCGGCCUCGGCGGCGCGUCCUCGGCCGCCUGCAACGACGAUUUCGCCGUCGACGACUUGUUCGACUUCUCUAGCGACAGUGAUGGGGAGGUCGAAGAAGAAGGAGAAGGAGGAGGUGAGGACGACGGCGAAGGGGAGGAAGCGAAGGACUCUGUCUCUGUUUCUUCGCAAGAGGGCGCUGACGAUUGCUCCAAUCUCGGUUCCUCUUCUCCGGCCUCCGGCGAGCCUAUCUUGACCGGUGAAUUGACCGUUCCGGAUGUUGUUAUAGCAGAGCUUGAAUGGUUGUCUCAAUUUGUGGAAGAUGAUUCCCCGCCCGAAUUCCCGACUUGUUACCUCGCCGGAAAAUGGAAACAAGAAAGCAGUGCCGAAAACCGGUCCGAGCCGGAACCCAGACCGGUUUUCAUGAGACCGCCCUGUUUUACUUCGCCUGUUCCGGUCAAGACCCGGACCAAACGGACCCGGCCCGCGAAGAAGGACCGACCACCGUCCUCCUCCGAGUCAUCUUCGUGCUCGUCGGAGAACUCGUCGAGCUCGUGUCUUUCUUUCACGAGCGUGCUCACGCACAUGGAAUUCGACCACGGCCGAAGCGAACCGGAGAAGAAGAAGAAGGUGAAAAAGACGAGGGGGCCGCCGGAUCAGGCCGGCCAGCUUCAGUUCCAGAGGCGCUGCAGCCAUUGCCAAGUGCAGAAGACCCCGCAGUGGCGGGCCGGCCCGCUGGGCCUGAAGACGCUCUGCAACGCGUGCGGGGUCCGGUACAAGUCGGGCCGGCUCUUCCCCGAGUAUAGACCAGCUUGUAGCCCGACGUUCUCGGUCGAAGCUCACUCGAACAGCCACCGGAAAGUGUUGGAGAUGAGGAAAAGGAAGGAGGUGGCCGGGAACGGAAUUGAAGGAGGCGGAUUGAAGUUGAACCGGAUGGUCACCAGUUUUUGAAGGGUCUGUUGGGUUAGGAGAAGAGGUCAUUCGAACCGGACCGGUUCAGUGGGUUUUUUUUUUCUUUAGUAUUAUACAUUUUUUUUUUCUAGAAGUAGCUACUAGCUAUUAUUUGCUUUUAGCGUAGGUUAGAUUAGACGGAGUGCAGGUAGUUUAAACUAAUAGUUUCUCAUUUACCUGGGAGACCAGAAUGAUUACGAGAUAUGGAUCUGGUUCGUCGUCUUUUAAAAGAUUAUUAUUGUAAUGUUAGAACUUACCAUGUAUGGCAUAUUUAGAAAAAGACAAUUAUUAGGUGGAUUUGUGUCGGAA